AUGCCGAAAGUGAUACAGCUAGAUAGGGAGCUAGUAGAGGAGUACAUAAGCAAAGGGGAGCUCAAGGCGAAUGAUCUGGAUAUGCUCAACAACUCACUCCAGACAACUCUCAGAUACGUUGGAUUCGGCGCUGUGGCUGGUGCGGGCUCGCUCUUCUACCUGGCUAGGCGGUACCAGCGCAGAUGGGCGUUACCGGCAUUUGCGGGUGGAGUGAGUGGCACUUUCCUCGGCCAGUACGUCGGUGCGAUGAGUUUCGCCAGUCAUUUCAAUCAAGAAGGCAGAGAUCCACGCGUCGUUCUCCAGACGCUGGCGAGAAUCAGCAGGGAGAGCGAUGUAAAGCGGGCGCAGAGGAUGGCUGGCGGCGGGAGUGUGGAGACGGUUCGUGGUGACAGUGGUGGCAGUAGUAGCCAUGGUAUUGGUAGUAACGCGGGUAGCUCACGCUGGGAUCAGCUGAGAGGCGCCAGUGGUACAAAUGGUAUACCUCAAUCUACUAGUGCAACUCAAUCAACUCCAGCUAUCGAUACUGACUUGACAAACUUCCCCAGAUCCAGUGAGGAUUUCGAAUACGUCAGCGAUAGCGAUAGAAGUGAGUACAGGAGCAGCGCCGAGAAGGAUCUUUGA